AAACACAUCAAUAUAUACAGUUAUACACUACGCAGAACUCAAGGGGGGAAGAAAACACACACACACACACACACUUACGUGCUGAUAACUGGUGGUGUCGCAUCAAUAAUGCCGAAAAGGUUUGCAAAUUUCAAUCAUAGCCAAGAUCAGGUAAGAUAAAACAGACUUAAAAAAUAAAAAGUGCUGCACUGCACUGCUGCUAAAUGAAUUAAUAAUAGUGUCCCCACGUGAAAGUAGACAUAUUUGAGGAACAAACAAUUACAACAAAACAAAUAAACAGUAAUUGAUUCUGUGAUUGAGAUACAGUAUAAGAGAACAAAAUGGUAGACAAAUCUAAUCAUCAGAAAUUAAGGUGGAGAGGCGAAGAAGGGGCGUCCACCGGUGGAGGAUGCGCCGGCGCCGGCGCCGGCACCGCAGAAGGUGGAAGAAUUGGGAUCGCAGGAGAGGUGGAAGGUGUUGUCGAGCUUGUGAAAACCAUGCUUGAAAACUCCGAAACCGAAGACGAUCCCGAUGACGAUGACCACCCCAAUCAAACACGUGCACAGCAUGCAAAUCCUUCCACCACAACACAUCUUCGAUGAUUCUUGCUUUCUCCUCCUUCUUCGAGAUCUAUCUGAGAAUUACGUACGCACACAGGAAAUUUGGGGAAUUGAUUAAUUAGUGGGAAGUUUGAUAAAAGAAGAAUAAACUUGGAGAAAGUGGAUAAGGAAUAGGGGAAACGGAGUUGUUGGAUUGGUUUGCCUUUUUGCUGUGGUGUGUGGUUGGAUCAGUUCAGAUGUUGCUGUUUGUUGAUGAUAUAUUCCUUUGAAGCGGUUACUCUACGCUAUUACCAUUUUCCGCCUUAAUUUAUGGCUUCAAAUUUUAAAAAUAAAUAUUAACCCCCAAAAUCGGUUUUACUGCC